GCCAAGUCAUGGCAGCUCAGACAUCCCAGUGCCGUGCCACAGCUCCCAGGGGAGGCUUCCUAAUGGCUGCAUAAUCGUCCACGAAGAGGCUGGUGCCAUUUACCAGAGGGCUCCUCUGUGGUCGCCAUUUGGGUCGUUCCCAGCUUUCCUCAAUUAUAGAUAAUGCAGCCGUGACCGUCGCGUAUCUCAGCUUUCACUUUAUUUGAAUUACUUGUGUAGGGCAGAUUUCUAGAAGUGGCUACUGGGCCAGAGAGAACGGUAUUUUUGGGUGACUUUCACCACCUAUUACCUCUUUGCUCCCAAAGUAAUACUUUCUACAGUGCUUCAGGGCCAGACUGCCCAGGUUCCAACCCUGAUCCACCUCCUACUGGCUGUGUGACGCUGGACUAGUUACUUUCAUCUCUGGGCCUCUUGAGUCAAAUGAAACCAAGCUCACUGGGUUCUUAUGGGGAGUAAAUGGGUUCAUAGCUGUUCAGUAUUUAGAAUAGCACCGCCACGUGGUACCCACUCAGAACAUUCAUUCUUCUUCUCUAAUGAACAAGGACACAGAGGGAAACAGGCUCUUGGUGCCGGAGGGUGCUAGGAGACAGGGCUGCAGGAGACGGAGGCACAUGUGUGGCACACAGGCCACCAACUCGUGUGCCCAGGGCGGGCAUCACCCAUCAGCCACCACAUGCUUUGCCCUGAGGCAGAGCUCUUCUCAGCAUAGUCCCUGCCAGGCCACCCAGCUGACAGAGGCAGUGAAAGUGUCCUCCAUCCUACGUGAGUGACCACCCAGGCCUGUGGGGCGAGUGCUGCUGGAGGCCAGGUCAGUGCCACUGGCUCUGACUGUGCCUCCGUGGGACUUUCUCAUGGAAGCUUCUGUGGAGCUUCCAGGCAGGCACCGUGGGUCCGUUCUUGGAGGGUCCUACCCUCCGAGAAGGAAGCAGAACCGGGGAGGGGCAAGGAUGGGCGGGAGUCGGCCUCAGUCCUCUCACAGGCCCAACCACCUGCCUGCUUUGUCCAGGUUGAAAAGGCAGGAAUUCUAUCCAGAUUAAUUUCUGGCACUCAGUCAAAGAGGGCUUUGUGACCUCUUAAGAGGGGAUCAAAGGGAUUCAGUGGGGAGCUGUGAAAGGAGGGGCAUUCCCCAGAGGCAGGGGGCCCAGCCCACUCCAAGACUGCAGGAGGGGCCCUCAGCGGGAGGUGCAGCUGGUGAGCAAGCAAAGGCCUUCAAGCCCGUACAGAGGGGAAGCGAGUCCAGCCCAGCAGCCUCUUUGUGCACCUGUUCAAUCCAAAUGGGGAAACCUUUUGGGGCCAGGCUGCCGGUCCCCUGCGAGGGCCACAGUCACCAGCAUCUCCCAGCCACAGCCCAAGCCCCACAGUGGGUCGUCAGGGACCCCAUAACUAGUAACCAGGGCUGCUUCAGGGAUUGAAAGUAACAAGUGGCAGAGGGCCAAGAGCCUUGGGAAGGAGAGCUCAUGCUCUUGAGGGCUUUCAUUACAGUAGAGGGAGAGAAAAACAAUUAUUAGGCACCUACGAGGGUCAGGAGCUCUGCUGGGGGCUUUUCUAUGUAUUAUCUUGUGAAAUCUUCUCAAAAUUUGGUUAGGCCUGUCUUGAAGGAGGAGCUGAGUAAGCAGAGAGGCCUGUCCAGGAUCACACAGCUAGAGACAGGCAGGGCUGGGAAUUGAACCCAGGGGACAGGAGGAUGGGUCUUUUGUCCUCUUCCGUUGGAGCCCACAGAGCUGCCACUUUGCCCAGCUGGAGCUGUUGUCUUUGGAAGAGACACAGGUCGUUUUUGAAAGACACAGGUCGUUUUUGAAAUAAACUUCUCAUUGAAGGAUAAAAUACAUCUAGAAAACUGUACAAAUCAAAAAGAGUUGCCAUUCACCUCGGCCCCUCCUCCCCACCAUGGGCAGCCACGGCUAUCCUGACUUCUAGCAGCGUAGAUGAGCUUUGCAUACACUUGAGCUUUAUCUAAAUGGACUCAGACACUCUGAACUCUUUUGAGACUGGCUUCUUGUGAUUUAUCUGUGUUGUGUGUAGCAACAAUUUGUCCAUUCACUUUGCUGGGUGGUGGUCUGUUGUAUGCUUAGACUCUGUUAACUUGUUCAUUCUAUGGAUAGGUCUUUCCAGCUUGGGGCCGUUACCAAUAGGCCGUUGUAAACGCUGUAGUGCACAUCUUUUGGUGAGCGCGUGUCCAUGGUCCUGUUGAGUAUAUGCUUGGGGACUGAAUUGUCAUUCAUUGACACUGCCCUGCAGUUUUGUAAAGUGGUUGCACUAGUGUAUACUUGCACCAGCAGUGUGCAAGAGCCCUAAGACAUAGGGCAUUUAAAAACUGGCAUUUAUUAAGUUUUUUAGAAUACCAAAAAGGACAAAGAGAACUAAGAAAAUUCCCACUGUCUAUAAAUCUCUCUUAACCUCUUUUACAUUUUAAAAAAUCAAGCUGUUGUCUACAUGUAACAAAAUGUAAUGCCUGACUGUUGAGUGUGAGGGAGUUCUACUGUUGUAUUCACCUGAGUAACCACCACCUGCAUCUCCAUCACCCAGAAAAUCUCCUCGUGCCCCUUUCCAGCCAGCUCCUUGUCCUGCCAGACAUCCUCUGCGAACAUUUAAGAAAAAUAAAAUGCACGUGCAUAGGUGGUAGUCCUGAAAAGUAUAGAAAGGUAUAAAAUGAAAAGUUGGCCUCCACUCGUUCAAGUCCAUUUUCCCCUAGGCAGUCACUGUUAGCGGCUGCACGGGGCUUCUCAGAAAGUGCUUAUGAAUAUUCCUUUGUAAACACCACACAGAUUUUAUCAUCCACGCUGUUCCAUUCCAUACUCCUUAAUAUAUGUUGCAGCAGUGUCCUGCAGUAGCACACAAAUCCAUGCCAUUUUCUUUUCCAGUUUCAUAGUCUUCCCUUCAGGCAGAGUUUAAGGUGGAUGGAACUUUAGAUCCUUUAGGAAAAUGCUGUCAUCCACAAAGGGAGACUGAGUUUCUGACGGGAAGGAGAGGUUUAUUGAGCAUCUACUAUCCACAGGCCAGAGGCAGUACAAGGUGGUUUGCUGCCCAGGCUUCGCUGCCCCCCAACUCGGAAGCCCGGAAGCACACCCCAGGGACCAGGGUGGAGUGAGCUGUCCCCGGCUGCAGAGCUGGGAAGUGGAGGUGCGGGGUUUGCACCAUGUGCCUGGGUCACCCAGCCUUGCCUUGCACUCUCCUGUCCCUGGCCAGGGCUUCCUCCGCUCUACAUAAGGGCCAGCCUUGGGCUUUGGGACAUUCAGGACCCCCCCGCCCCCACCUUCUGUGUAAAGGUCUUUCCUGAGCCUCAGAAAUGACGCAUUACAGCAGCUUCCCAAACUGCCAAGGAAGAAGUGGCGUUUGUGGGUUGUCAUCGUUUCUUCUGGGCAAGGAAGGGGGGACCCGAGCGUUCGUGUGUCAUCCAGCGCAGGCUUUGAUGAGGCUGAUGAGUCAUCGAGCCAUACAAGGAAGUUUUUCAUGUAAACGGUUUGUGGGUGAACUUGUUUUUUGCCCUUUAAGGCAGAAUUUUAUGUUUUUCUUUUUCUCGCCCUUUAAAGACAAGUUUUUAAAACGUAAACGGGAGGUAGCGUCUUGAUGAGCAAGAUCUUUUGUUCCACGGGCGUCUGCAGUGGGUCUCUUUCGCCGCCAGUGGUGGGCAGUGGAGGCCCCUGGGCUGGGUUGCUAAUCUGUACUUGUGGGACACGGUGUCCACGCUGGAAGAGGGAGGUGGCCUGCCGUCCUUUUGUUGGCCUCCAGGGCUCCCACCUGCUGGCCUGUUGGCUCAGAGACGAGGCCAAACAGAGACUCAAAAAAGAGCAGUGCUUGUCCCCACAGAGGAAUUAGGCCCUUGCUUCACUGAGGGAUGAUCAGAAAAUACCCAGCGGGACAGCCAGCUAAGUCUGGAAGGGAAGGUGUUUGGGAGAGAGGCUAAUUGACCGCGAGAUGAUGCCAGAACAACUAGGGCCCUGGGGGCUGUUGCCCACAUUCUGCUCCCCGGAGUACCCUGCUGCACUCUCAGAACCAACAGACUGUUUUGCAGAAACCCUUGGCACAGAGACCCCCUUUCGGAGAAACUGAGGUCACUCCUAAUGGAGCCUGCUGGCACGUGGCGGCAGAAGGCCAGGGGGUUUGUGUCCAGCAGGAGCCGGCACAGGCUUGGCCCAUUCCAUUUGGAAGACUGGGCUGAACCUGACCUCUGUUCAGGAGUACAGGGACCUUAGAAAGCACACCCCAGACAUCAGGGGCCAGCCUGACACCGGCUGGGCGCAGAAACAGACUCAGGCAGACCAUUCAUCAUGUCUGUUGACUUUUGAGACUUUAAGUCUGCGACCAGUCUUCCAUCCCAGAGGGUCCUUAUCAUCCCAGGCAUCCUGGCCACUGCAGACCUGGGGAUUUUGAACCAGUAGCUUAGUGGUUUUCAGAGUGAAGUCCCAAGACCGGCAGUAUCUGCAUCACCUGGGAACUCUCUAGAAAUGCCAGUCUUCAGUUUCACAAACUCUGAGGUGGCAGGAUGAGAGCAGCAAACUAUUUUAACAUCCUCCGCGGGACUGUGAGGCACUCCAGCGUUUGAGAACCACUGCAGUCGUGUGAAGAGAGGGGAAAGAACAAUAAACCUCUAUUGAGUGCCUACUGUUUUCCAUCUGCUUUAUCUUCAUUAUUUUCUUUAGGCUGCACAGUGUCCCUGGGUUUUAUAUCUCCAUUGUAUGAACACGAGUCUGACUCUCAGAUUAACCUUCUCGUGCAUCCAAGCCGGAAUUCAGACCCAGAGUCUGAAGCCUCCUUCUGUAACCAUUUCACCUUCUUACUGGGUUUCUCACAGCCUGAGAUCAAGCAUGGAUGACUAAACGUGUCCAUAGCUUUUGGGUUACUCUGCCAGAAUCCCCUCCGUUUGUGCAGGACACUUAGAAUUCACUGUGGCGAACACCAUCGAACUCACACUCCUAGGACGUUGGGCUUCUGUGGGUGAGUAGAGUCCUCUGCAUGAGUGUCUGAGGAGCCGCCUCCCCAGAGAAGGCAGAAGUGCGCCUUCUCCUGUAUUCAAGCAUGACAGCAUUACCUGGCUUGAAACUCACAUUAGAGACUUACUGAACAUUAGUUUAUGAAAGAACAGGAUCCUUCUCCAGGAUUCUCAUAAAUUAAGGCCCUUUGUAGUAGGCGCCGGUGACUCCCACCCAGAGGAGGCAGCCGGGAAGGAUGGAGGCUUCCAAACAAAGCCAUGAACAGAUCAGAUGUCCUUUGAAGUGCUGCAAGCACUAGAUAAAGUUCUUAGUAAAAUAAACAACAGAGGCCCCUGUGGAGAUGCUACCGUCUUGAGGCCUGGCAAGGGAAAUCCUUAUUUGGGAUAGAGAGAGUUCCCUUUAUCAGGCCCAAAGGAAACAGAGCCUGUGGUGUCCCUCACUGUAUUUCAAAAGGGUUAGGAAACUCGCCUGGGGCUGCCCGCCUCACACCACAGAGGAAGAGCAGGCUCUGAAAAAGAUUUACAAAUAUAAGAAAGUGCUGAGUAACCCAAGCCGCUGGGAAGUUGUCUUGAAAGAGAUCCGGACCCUGGUGGACAUGGCCCUGACAUCCCCCCUGCAGGACGACUCCAUCAACCAGGCCCCACUGGAAAUCGUCUCGAAACUGCUCUCAGAGAACACAAACUUGACCACCCAGGAGCAUGAAAACAUCAUUGUGGCAAUCGCUCCUUUGCUGGAAAACAACCACCCACCACCAGAUCUCUGUGAAUUCUUUUGCAAGCACUGCAGAGAGCGGCCCCGGUCCAUGGUAGUCAUCGAGGUGUUCACCCCUGUGGUGCAGCGAAUCCUCAAGCAUAACAUGGACUUUGGGAAGUGCCCGCGACUGAGGCUGUUUACUCAGGAGUACAUCCUUGCCUUGAACGAGCUCAACGCGGGGAUGGAAGUGGUGAAGAAGUUCAUUCAGAGCAUGCACGGCCCCACAGGGCAUUGCCCCCACCCCCGGGUCCUGCCCAACCUGGUGGCCGUGUGCCUGGCUGCCAUCUACUCCUGCUAUGAAGAGUUCAUCAACAGCCGCGACAAUUCCCCAAGCCUGAAGGAAAUCCGGAAUGGCUGCCAGCAGCCGUGCGACCGGAAGCCCACUUUACCUCUGCGCCUUCUGCACCCCAGCCCGGACCUGGUGUCUCAGGAAGCCACGCUGUCUGAGGCCCGGCUCAAGUCGGUGGUCGUGGCCUCCAGUGAGAUCCACGUGGAGGUGGAACGCACCAGCACUGCCAAGCCGGCGCUGACGGCCAGCGCGGGCAACGACAGCGAGCCCAACCUCAUCGACUGCCUCAUGGUCAGCCCCGCCUGCAGCACCAUGAGCAUCGAGCUGGGCCCCCAGGCCGACCGCACGCUCGGCUGCUAUGUGGAAAUCCUCAAGCUGCUGUCGGACUAUGAUGACUGGAGACCGUCUCUGGCCAGUUUGCUUCAACCCAUUCCAUUCCCCAAAGAAGCUCUCGCUCACGAGAAGUUCACCAAGGAACUGAAGUACGUGAUUCAGAGGUUCGCUGAAGACCCCCGGCAAGAGGUCCACUCAUGCCUGCUGAGUGUGCGGGCCGGCAAAGAUGGCUGGUUCCAGCUCUACAGCCCCGGAGGAGUGGCCUGUGACGAUGACGGGGAGCUGUUCGCCAGCAUGGUGCACAUCCUCAUGGGCUCCUGUUACAAGACCAAAAAAUUCCUGCUCUCCCUGGCGGAAAACAAGCUGGGUCCCUGCAUGCUCCUGGCACUGAGGGGGAACCAGACCAUGGUGGAGAUCCUGUGCUUGAUGCUGGAAUACAACAUCAUUGACAACAACGACACCCAACUGCAGAUCAUCUCAACCCUGGAGAGCACAGACGUGGGGAAGCGCAUGUAUGAGCAGCUGUGCGACCGGCAGCGGGAGUUGAAGGAGCUGCAAAGGAAAGGCGGGCCCACCAGGCUAACACUGCCCUCCAAGUCGACAGACGCUGACUUGGCUCGUUUGCUGAGCUCUGGCUCCUUCGGAAACCUGGAGAACCUCAGUUUGGCCUUCACCAAUGUAACCAGUGCCUGCGCCGAGCACCUCAUCAAACUGCCUUCGCUCAAGCAGCUGAACCUGUGGUCCACUCAGUUUGGAGACGCCGGCCUGCGGCUCCUGUCGGAACACCUCACCAUGCUCCAGGUGCUGAACCUGUGCGAGACCCCGGUCACAGACGCUGGCCUGCUGGCCCUGAGCUCCAUGAAGAGCCUCUGCAGUUUAAACAUGAACAGCACCAAGCUCUCAGCCGACACCUACGAAGAUCUGAAGGCCAAGCUUCCCAAUUUGAAGGAAGUGGAUGUCCGCUACACUGAAGCCUGGUGAAGCUCCCAGCUCGAGCAGGAAGACAUUUGCAACCGCGACAAAACAACUCUUGACUAAGCCGCAGAGCAGCCGGUCCUGGGGUCCUACCCUGGUGCCCUGGCUGUGAGAUAGAUGGGGAGUCUUUCUGGGGGCGGAGGGGGGAGGGGGUGGGGAGGGGGUCCACAAGCACGCCCAGCCCCCACCGAAUUCUUUUAGCUUCGUAAUUGGAACCUUUGACCUGAUCUAAAGUGGACUUUGUAGCAACAAGAGAAGCAUCAGCGGGUCGGGGAGGGGGUUGGGGGUGGGCUGGGGGGUGGGGGACCCUUUGUGGAUUUUCUUUGCCUUUGUGUUUGAUGCCGUCGUGUGGGAAAAGUCAACUCUGAUGCCACCGUUGCGGGCCGGACGAAGGAUGCUUUCUUCCUAGAGGCUCCGAGCUGAGCUGCGAACUCGCCCCCCGCCCUUGGGACAAGAAGACCCAGUCACAUCACUGCACCCGUCCUGUGUCCUCACCAUUGCUAUGCAAAGUGAUUCUUGUUGUACAUAAGAUUUAAAUAAUGCACCUAUUUAAGACAUGUUGACAAAUUGCGGGUCUGGGACCCGCCUCUUAUUUAUGAAGUCUUCGACCGUCCCCCCGCCCCGCCCCCCCUCCCCGGCGUGUAGUACUGUAGAAACCAGUCAGCUGUCGGGUUAGUGGUAGUAGUAUUGUUAUUUUUUUAAAGGAAACAAACAGACAACAAAAAGAGAAAAAAAGAACCUCCUUGGAACAAUUAAUUGUUUUUUCGUGAUGGAUUCUCUAUGCUAAUGCUCUCUCGUCUGUCUGUCUGUCUGCCCACCUCCCCCGCCCACCACUGUGCGUUUCUGAUUUCCAAAUGUCUCCAGCUCCCUCACGAGGUGGGGCUCAGGCUGGAGGAGGAGGAAGGAUUGAGAUCCUCUUGCUCCUCUAAGGCCCAAGCUCUUUCGGCACCUUUUAGACUUGAACGGGAGGCUGCUCAUCCGCCCUCUCCAGUCCACCCGGGUGAAAGAGCUGUUCCCCACCCCCAGGGAGCUCCUGUCCCUGUCAGACUUUGCUGUCCCCUGUCCCCAACGGAGACUCUGUCACCCAUGGGCUCCCCCUGCCAUCGUGUGCUUCACGUGGCCCCAUGCAUGCCCGCCUCUCUGCAUGGUCUCUUGGGAAAAGAGAUACGUUGCCUCCGCCAGCCCGACUGCCCUCCCCACCCCACCUUCCACAUGUGACCACUGCAAUGAAGACGCUCCUUCUGUCCCCACCUGUUCCGAAGACAAACCAACCUCCGUUUCUUUUAUAAACAGUCGGCUUUUUCUUAACAAGCCCUCACUGUACAGAACAGCCCGUUGAUGGUUUAUUUGGGGUCCCCCUCUCCCCCCAGCCCUUUUUUCUGUUGGUUUAGCACAAAUACUUCCCUCCUCCGGCACCUCCAAACCUACCCCACAGUCAGUGUACUUGUUUUAUAUAUAUUUAAUCUUAUUCAAUGGAAACCAUGCUUUUGUCGUUUUAUACUUUGCUAGGUAGACUUUAUUACCCCCCUACGAUGCCCUCAUUUUUUUAAAAAAGGAAAAAAAAAGAAAUUGGGUUCCAGUCUUAAUUCAUUUUCCGUGCCAGGUUUUAUUUCGUGUGUGUGUGAGUGUGUUCCGUUUUGUGUUUUGUUUUUUGUUGUUGUUUUUAGUUGUUUGGUUUUCUUUUUUUUCUCCCCGCGCCCCUCCAGUCCCAUACUUCACAGCACUCUGGUGCAGGAAGAAGCAGAAGAAAAAAAUAAAAAAUAAAAAGAAAAAAAAAAAAAGAAGAAACAAGACAUGCCACCUUUCCCCUCGCACUGUUGCUUUUCCUGAUGGUUAAUACUACUGUCACGUAGCUGUGUACAAAGAGAUGUGAAAUACUUUCAGGCAAAAAUAAACUGUAAGUGACUCAUCAA